AUAGAAAAGGAAGGAAAAAAUACAAUUUACAACUACGUACGUUAUUAUUAACGUUCGUUAUUUUUAUACGGUGCAUCGCUGCUUGCUUUUUCCUUCGCUCCUUCUCUUUCGUAGUACGCGCGCGAAAAUCGUUUUCAAAUAUCUCUCGUGUGUCGAGUGUACGCGAACGACGAACGUUUUUCAUUGGACGGACCAAAAGGGCCGCUCCGACUUUAAAAAUAUAUAACAAAAAAAAAAAAAGAAAGUGUGUGUUGGUGCGCGCAUCGAGGUGAAAAACAAAGAGAAGAAAUAGACGACCAGGAGUAAAAUCUCGGCUUCUAACGUUGCUAAAAGAAAAAACUAAGAACAUUUUUCAAAGUAAUAUUCAUCAAAGAGAUAUCAUCAAAAUGCCGACAAGUCUUUUUAGCGAUAUUGAUCGUUGUAAUGGGGUACCCAACUCCAUAGAAGAGCAACGAGCUCUUCAACUUGCGUUCGAGCUCUCGAUGCUUGGACUCGAUCAAAGCACGCCCGUAUGUCCCGGUACCGGAACAAGCGCGGUACCUGGUGCUAAUCCCGACCCGGAUCCUCUACAAAAUCCACCAAACAGCGUUUUCGAAGAGGCCCGUUCGAAAAAGAGCCAGAACAUGACCGAGUGCGUGCCGGUGCCCAGUAGCGAGCACGUGGCUGAGAUCGUCGGCCGCCAAGGCUGCAAGAUCAAGGCUUUACGGGCUAAAACGAACACGUACAUAAAGACUCCUGUACGUGGAGAAGAACCGGUGUUCGUGGUUACCGGACGGAAGGAGGACGUAGCGCGUGCUAAACGCGAGAUCCUCUCCGCGGCGGAACACUUUUCGCAGAUCCGAGCGUCAAGGAAAAGCACUUUGGGCGCACUUCUAGGUGGUGCUCCGCCCGGUCCCCCGGCUUCGGUGCCGGGACACAUUACGAUCCAGGUACGAGUACCGUACAGAGUAGUAGGUCUGGUGGUAGGACCGAAAGGAGCUACGAUCAAAAGGAUUCAACAUUCGACGCAUACAUACAUCGUAACACCUAGUCGCGACAAAGAGCCAGUCUUUGAGGUUACCGGGCUUCCUGAGAGCGUCGAAGCUGCUAGACGUGAGAUCGAGGGACACAUCGCCGUUAGGACAGGCACCGCUCUUGGUGAUGACGAUCUUUUGGGUGCUAUAUGUCGUGGCGGGCUUAGCUCAAUCCUUGGCUGUUUGGUACCAACGGGAACAACUCCUUGCAACGACUCAAACUCGAAUUCGAAUGACUCCAGCGUUGGUUUCUCCUCAAGUGGCAGUUGCAGCAGCUCCUCCAGCAGUACCGCAGGACAGGGCAUGCACGAUCUAGUAGCGAUAUGGGGAAGCAGCAUGGACAGAGACGAGGGCUUAGGCGAUUCCCCAUCUUUCGAAUCUCAGGCACCCACGGCCUCCUCCAUCUGGUCUUUUCCCAGCGUAACACUACCCUCGAGACCUUCGCCCCCGGCAUCGGCGAGUCCAGUGUCUCCUACGGAUUCCCUCUUAGGAGGCGUUACAGCCGGUAGUCGUCGCGAGUGCGUAGUCUGCGGCGACAAAGAGAUCACCGCCGCCCUCGUGCCCUGCGGACAUAAUUUAUUCUGUCUCGACUGCGGCAACAGAGUCUGCGAGAGCCCCAAUCCGAUGUGCCCCGCCUGUUCCAGGCCCGUUCGGCAAGCGCUUCGCAUCCUUUCAUAAACGCUCCCGCACGCUGCUAAUAACAAGCACGACGGUUGCGCACAAUCUCUCUAUUCCACUGCUGCCAAUAAAUAAUCUCUUACGCGCUAAGAACAUUUUCGACAUUUCUGAUAACAUUUCUGAUACGUCGUAUUGUUCUCAGUGCCCGAUCGGAUACAACGAAGUCAGUUUUUAAGUUUUAUCACACACACUGAGAGUAGAGAGUUAGUAAAAGAGUUUAAUACAGAGAGUAAGAGAGAGAGAGAGAGAGAGGGAGAAAGAGAGAGAGAAAGAAAAGGGGAGAGGAAGAGAGAGAGAGAGAGAGAAAAAGAAAGAUAGAGAAAAAAUUAAUAAUGCGUGUUAACUCACAUCGUCAUCACGUCCUUCUCUUCCGUUCUCAAUACGGGCCCAACGCUUUAGACCUAUGCCAACUUUUCUCGGCUUCUCUAGCCCUUCAUCAAAUAUUUUGUUUAUUUCAUUAAUUGCCAGCACUCUUAAGGAGCCCAAAACGUUACGUAGUAUCAUGAUUUUUAAACGUAAUCACGCGUUUUACAAAAUUCUUCUAAAGUUAAUAUUUCAAAAUCACCGAGAUAACUUCGAAAACGAUAAUUAAAAUUACCAAUUUGAAUAAAUAAAAAUUUGGAAAUGUUCAAUUUCGUAUCGUUCUCGAAGACCUACGCAAUUGUGAAAUUUUUCAAAAAUGUUCUGCUAUGAAUUUGAGUACGAAGCGAAGGACGAAGUGAGAACGAGGAUAUUAGCAUAGAAAGAUGAGUUUGGGAAAAAAGGUGAGGGAAUGAGGGGAGGAGGAGGAGGAAGAAGUAGAGAGGUAUAACAAGAGAGAAAUAUAUAUAUAUUCUACGAACCGAGAACGAUGCUUAAGUGUCCCUCAAAGCGCAACAUUGCUCGUAUGACGACUCGAAAAAUGCGCUCGUUCCACCCGGCAUCCCUCGCUACUAACACUAGUAUCUUACAUUUACAUAAGAGACAUAGCAAUAGAAAUAAUAAUAAUAAUAAUAAUAUUAAUAUUAAUAAUAACAAUAAUAAUAUAAUU